AUGAGUACGUUGUCGCAUUUUGAAAGAAUUGAUCCUUCUUAUCUUGUCGAGGAAGAAACUCUGAACGGUUACAACCCCAAACAUUACUAUCCCGUCUUUCUGGGGGAGAUUCUCCAUGGACGGUACAAAAUCAUCGGAAAGCUUGGGUUUGGAUCAGCAUCGACUGUAUGGCUGUGCCGAGAUCUUCAGAAACGGCAUGAGUACGUCGCGAUUAAGAUCUACAUCAACUGCUCUAAAUAUCAUCGAGAAGUUCCUAUCUACGAGGAAAUCAACAAGCUCGAGACAAAUCAUGAAGGUCAAACGUAUGUAAGAAAGAUGUAUACAUCUUUUGAGCUUCAAGGACCAUAUGGAACCCAUAUCUGUCUCGUUCACCAACCGCUCGGCAUCAGCCUUGGCGAGCUCAAAGGCUUAAUUUCGGACAAGGUAUUUGAUGGAGAGCUCAUACGACAGACGAUGCGGUGCAUCUUGACUGGCUUGCACUUUUUGCACAAGGAAGUGCGAGUCAUACAUACCGAUCUUCAGCCUUCAAACAUGCUGCUUGGAAUCCACGAUGACUCCGUUCUGGUCAAAUUCGAACAAUAUGAGACCGAGAACCCAUGCCCGCGAAAGGAGCUUGGCGACCGCACUAUCUACUUGUCGCGGCCAAUGCCGCUUACAAAGGGGGAGCCGUCCAUAACUGAUCUUAGUGAAGCAAGGUUCGGAGACUUGAAACAUACUGAUCGGGUUAUGCCCAAUGUCUACCGCGCACCUGAAGUCAUACUUGGGAUGCCUUGGAGUUAUCCAGUUGACAUAUGGGGGUUUGGUAUGAUGCUCUGGGAUUUGUUUCAGCCGAAGCGAUUAUUCUCGCCCAAAGACACGGAAGGUCGAUAUUCCGAGGCUCACCAUCUUGCAGAAAUGAUAUCUAUAAUGGGUCCUCCCCCUCUGGAGUUCUUGCGACAAUGUGGUGAGAAAGCUGAGCAAUACUGGGAGAAGAAUGGCACUUGGAAAAACUUAGCCCCAAUUCCGGCUACAAACCUGGAGGGUAUGGAACGGAGAUUAGAGGGUGAGGAGAAGGUGCAGUUCGUUGCCUUCAUGAGAAAAAUAUUACAGUGGAUUCCCGAAGACCGUGAAGAUUGCGAAGGGGUCUAUUGGGAUGAGUGGUUGAUGGCUGACUUGUUAGAGAGCGGGGAGGUCGGCAGGAAACACUAA